AUGGCAAACGCUCUUCUCUUCCUCUCCGUCAUCUGGUUGAGAUUGCAGACAUGGUGGUCCUUUUCUGGUGUCGGUGGUGUCCCGUCAUUGUCACUCCCGGCCAUCAGUAUCCCCUUGGACUCUUUCAGCGUCUCUCCUCCUGCCAUCUUCGAGUCUUCAGAAUGGCUGAAUGGUUUCCUUGGGUUUCUCAACGUCCCCAGACCUGGAUUGAUCUCCGCGGUUUCGGAUGACCAAGGCAUCUCUUUGAACAUCCACGUGCCUCUCAACACCGGACUUCUAGCACCUCUUUGUUCUUCGCCCAACAUGAUCUCACCGCGUCUGGAUUUCCAGCGACUACCUCCACAGUCACUGCCGACCAAUGCGUCAAGAGUUAUUCAAGUGGACGAUUAUUGCGCCGUACCCUUUGAGACUGCUCCUGGAAGUGGUAUUGUCAAGGACGAGCAUUAUAUAACCGAUUCGGCAACACCCGACAACGACAACACCAAUCCCAACAACAAAUGGAGUCAUCUUCCCGAGUCAAAGUGGCUCGCUUGGUUCUUGUCUGGUGGUCAUCAAGCUGCAACGCCUGUUCCCAUUGGAGCAAGUCUGUCAUCUAAAAUCGAAAUUGGCUCGUUUACCUUGGAAAUUCCUCAUACUCUCCUGACGACCUUUGGAAUUUUGGUCAUCGCCACCGUAAUCUCGUGGCGUGUGUAUAUACACAUCAUCACUGUGUUGGAACAAGAAGACGUCGACUUCACACGUGAUGUUUGGGCAGUUGAAACUCUUCCUAGCUCCAUUGACGACUUUGUCUUUGCCAGCCUUGUGGCGGAGUCGACCACCACCCAAGAAACGACGUCGACUCACGAUGAUCCUGAGGAACCUGACAUCAUACCCAACGAGUCUUCUCAAGAUACCGUGCAAAAGGACUCCAGUAUCUCCUUUGGCUUCCGCUUCGUCGUUAUCAUCUUGAGAGCACGUAUCGCCAACCUCGUCUCCAAUGCCCGUCAGCUGACUGAUGAAGUCAAGACGUUGGAAAAUUGGAAUGCGGCUCUCACCCACGCCAACGAAGAGCAGUCGGCUCAAUUGAACACGGUCCGCAAAGAACUGGAUGAAGCCCGGGAAGCCGUCAAGGACCUCGAGAGCGAGGAGCAAGACUACCAGGACCAGAUGGAAGGCAUCCUCGAGAACAAUGUCCGCCUGGGCAACCAGGUCGAGCGACUGGGUCAGGCGAAUGGUGCGCUUCAAGCCACCAUCGCGAGGCUCACGAGGGAGAAUGACUCACUCGGUGACGACAACCGUCGUUGUAGUUGCCAGGGACAAGGACAUACUACCACCACUGGCGGCCGAUCCUCGACUUUGCCCAUGACGGUCCCUUCGGAGGCGACGAAGAAGACAACUACCUCUCCUGAUCUUGUUGCUGCUCCUGCUCCUGCACCGGUCACCUCCUCGCGAGCAUCGUCGGUUUCUUCUGCCGUGUCGCUGCGUGCUACGGCGGCCUAUCCUCGCGCCGGCGGCUCGGUCAUGUAUGGUCCACCCCGCCUCAAUGAGGAGGGGAUCCCUACAAGGCCGAUGACGCGGAGAGAGCGCGAGGAUAGGCGGGCUUCGGCGGCAGAAGCAGCAGCUACUGCCGCCGCUGUUGUUGUUGUGCAGCCAAGUGGAGCUGAGGACUCCGUUGGCGACGGCAACAAACACAACACUGCGGCGGUGGGUGCCUCGGAGGAGGAGAUCGUCGUGCCCAAGACCGACGAGGAGGUACAAGAGAGCGCUGGUCAAGAUGACCAUGCUGCCGCUCUUGAAGAAACGCGGACCUUGGGAGACAGCCGCCGGGCAAAUGUGGAUGGAGGACGCGUGGACGACAAUGGCAAGGAAAAAGCCAAGGGGGGCAACGACGAGGCAACAGAUGCCAGCCGUCGUCAUCGUCGUGAAGAGGAUGGGAAGAAUGGGCAGAAGGAGAUGAAGAAGAGCAAGUGGGCUUCUUGA